AUGGCCUGGUACCGGCGCCGCAGCGGAGCGCCCGGCCCGCCCCCCUCCGAUAGGUGGUCGCAGCAGAAACAAGACAUCACUGUCGAAUGUGUGCCUCCCCAGUGGGAUUUUGUGGAAGCGCUUCGAUACUAUUAUGCCGUCCUUUGGCCACAGCUAGUGCACAACGUGCAGCCCGUUCUUGAUCCGCAGCUUCACCACUUCGCCUUUGACCCGCUGGCUUUUAUUUGCAUGCAUCAUCAGCAGAUUGGACAAGGAAGCACGCUUGCUCUUCGCGGUAUCUGGUUUCUGCUCAACUAUGACCUGCAGCUGUAUUUGAUGUCCUGGCGCGCCUACAUCAAUGGGUACCUAGCCUUGGUGCAGCAGCUCGGCGGCGUCGAGGCCGUCUUUAGUGUCAAGAAUCCGCCUCGGGGCAGCUUCGCGAGCAUCCUGGUGACCGGCAUCACUGGCAAUACCACCAGCACAGCAUCGCAGCAAGUGUCCGGGUUUGAUCUUCUCUCAGACGAGGAGGUGCGAUCUGCUGCUCUCCAUUAG